ACACAACACACACAUAUAUAUAAUGGCAGGCUUGAAGAGGAGCAGUAAUGUGGUUGUCGUCGCCGCCGCCCUCCUCGUGGCGGUGCUGGCUCUCAUGACGGCGGCGGUGAGCGGCCAAGGCGACACCUGCAGCGCCGCGCUCGGCCGCCUCAACGUCUGUGCCGCCUUCGUGGUGCCCGGAGCGGCGUCCACCACCCCGAGCGCCGACUGCUGCGCUGCCCUCCAGGGCGUCGACCACGACUGCUUUUGCAACACCCUCCGCGUCGCCUCCCGCAUCCCCGCUCAGUGCAACCUCGCCCCCCUCUCCUGCCCCGCGAGCUAAUGGAGGGAGGGGAGUGAGACUCGAAGAAUAAUAAAGCCUAGCAUGGAGGAUCCAUUUCUUAGCCAUUAGAUAUAUGGAUCAAGUUUGGGUUUUAUUAGGACGUGUUUGGUGUCUGCUCUUACUUUGAUGACUAGUUUGUUUGUUUUCUAAAAUAAUACGGAGUAUUGUAUGUAGGGAAGUCAAAAUAUUCUGAGGUGCCAAACGGGGCAUUAUAUUGCCUGCAGCCUUUGUAUUGCGCUCAUCAGAUUAUAAAUUUCCAGUGUAAUAAUAAUGGCUCUUCAAGUUG